AUGCGUUUCUUCACCGCCGCCACUUUCUUCCUUGCUGCCACCGCUGCUCCCCUUGAUCAGAACCAGAACAAGGAGUCCACCCAAGUCGAGAAGCGAGUGAUUGACCCUGUCAGCCUCUUCAUCCUCACUUCUGCCGGCACCGCCGCCGCCACCUGGGCAACCACUGAGGGCCUGAACUCCCUCAAGGGGCUUAUCAAGGACCUCUCGACCUGGGACAAGGUCCGCCAGGAGUUCACCGUGGAUGCCGUGGAUGCCAUGAUCAAGAAGAUCGGCGCCGACCCCAGCUUCAAGGGUGCAGUCUGCAAGAACCAGGACUACACCGUCAAUGACCCCAAGCUGAGGAGCGACAUCGUCAGCCUCAAGCUGACUUCUGGAAACCUCUUCACCAACUAUGACUGCUUCUACUUGAAGGCAGGCGGUGUUUUCGUCGGCAAGGGAGACGGCGGGUUCCAGAACAUGGCUGUCAACGACAACGGCGGUGCCUGCAAGUACGAUGCUCCCAAGCAGACUCUGACCUGCUAG